GAUAGGACUGCUUUUGUGCCUUGUGACCAAGAAGGAGUCAGAGGGAGUAGGAAGCCAUAUUCACUGUUCAACCAGCUCAGAUUCAAACCAUUCACAAUCUGCGCUCUGCUCGCGUGGAGGACUUCCACAUCCUGCUUCACCUGGCCGUCACCAGCCUCCAUCAUGAGCAGCGUCGUCCAGAACCCCUACAUUGGCCGAUCUCCAAACACUCGGUUGUCUAAGCCUGGGGGAAAUGGAGCGGUUCCACCAGUGAAUCGUGACAACACUGGGAUAUGUCGAAGUAGUAGCAUCAGUGGUGGAAGUGGAGGAUCUGGGGGCAAGACACUGUCACUGUCAUCCAUGAGUGAGAGUGUGCGCAGUGGCUUGAGCUGUUUCUUAUCUGAACAAACACUGGAGCAAGAAGAACGACAGCGGCGCACAAGUCAGUUAGCAGAGUUUCAGCGCCUAAGGGAGGUACGUGCUGCUGCUCAGCUAAAAAACCUGGAGGAUUUCCUACGAGUGAACAACAUUUCACUCAGGGAAAGCACAUCUUAUGCCACUGGCAUGAUUUACAGAAAUCUAGGCAAAUCAGGACUGAGGGUAUCCUGUCUAGGACUAGGAACGUGGGUUACCUUUGGAGGCCAGAUCACAGAUGAGGUGGCAGAGGAACUAGUGACUUUGGCAUAUGAAAAUGGAAUCAAUCUUUUUGACACAGCUGAGCUGUACGCUGCUGGAAAGGCUGAAGUUGUCUUGGGAAAUAUCAUAAAGAAGAAAGGCUGGAGACGUUCCAGUUUAGUCAUCACCACCAAAAUCUUCUGGGGAGGAAAGGCAGAAAUGGAGAGAGGCUUAUCAAGAAAACAUAUCAUUGAAGGUCUAAAGGCGUCAUUAGAGAGACUUCAGCUGCCGUAUGUUGAUGUGGUUUUCGCCAAUCGACCAGAUCCCACUACUCCUAUAGAAGAAACAGUAAGGGCAAUGACACAUGUGAUCAACCAGGGGAUGGCCAUGUACUGGGGGACUUCACGGUGGAGUGCCAUUGAAAUCAUGGAGGCAUACUCUGUUGCACGGCAGUUCAACCAGAUCCCACCCAUCUGUGAACAGGCAGAGUACCACAUGUUCCAGAGGGAGAAGGUGGAGGUGCAGCUCUCUGAACUCUUCCACAAGAUUGGAACUGGAGCUGUAACCUGGUCUCCGCUGGCCUGUGGAAUCCUCUCAGGGAAGUACAGCAGUGGGAUCCCGCCUUAUUCACGUGCCUCCCUUAAGGGUUAUCAGUGGAUGAAGGACAAGAUCCUAAGCGAGGAGGGGCACCGUCAGCAGGUGAAGCUGAAAGAGCUGCAGGUGGUUGCUGAUCGACUCGGCUGCUCUCUCACCCAGUUGGCAAUAGCUUGGUGUCUGAGAAAUGAAGGGGUGACCUCCGUCCUACUUGGGGCCUCCAGAACUGACCAGCUGGUGGAGAAUAUGAAGGCUGUACAGAUUCUUCCAAAAAUCACUCUAUCCAUUGCCUCUGAAGUAGACAGCAUCUUGGGAAACAAGCCCCACAAUAAAAAGGACUUCAGAUCCUAGAAGCGCUGAAUGAACUGAAAAACUAAACAAUAACAACAACAAUACUAAUGUCAUUGUCUACAAUAAGUGAACUUUGUUAACAUUAUAAGCCAAACUACAGUAUCAUGUGUGUGCCCUGUUAUAGAAUAUGUAUUGAAAAUUGAGCAUGAAAACAUUUGUUUACCUCAAAGGAAAGUCUGUGAGUCAUAAAGAGAUCACUUUAACUCUGAA